AUGGUGCAAAAAGAAGUUAUACAAGCAAUAGCAGAAUUCAUUGGAACCGCUCAUUUCCUAUUCAUGGGACUUGGAGGCAGUGAUGCCAUAGCUGCCUUGGCUGGACCUGGUUCCGAUGGAGUAACACUUCUCGCCACGGCGUUCUCAUUUGGAUGGUCAUUAAUGAUAAAUGUAUGGCUUUGGGCUGAAGUCUCUGGUGGUGUAUUAAAUCCUGCUAUUACAAUAGCAUUAGUGGCUAUUGGUGAAUUUGAAACACUUCAAGGAAUUUACUACAUAAUUGCACAAUUCGCUGGUGCAUUGGUGGGAUCAUUGCUCAUACAAUUAAUUCAACCCGUUCCGGUUGCAGCUAUAACAACUCUUGGAAGUGGAACCUCUGUUAUUCAAGGAUUCAUAAUGGAAAUGAUUACUACUUCUAUAUUAACUUUAGCUGUUCUCGUGCUAGCUAUUGAAAAACAAGGCAAAUUUAAUGCGGCUUUUGGAAUUGGCUCUUCUUUAUUUAUUUCCGUACUUGUUGCUGGGCCAUAUACAGGAGCAAGUUUGAAUCCAGCAAGGACUUUCGGACCGGCUCUUGCAACUGGAAAAAUUUAUGGUGAAAUUUGGAUUUAUUUUGUCGGACCCGUUUUAGGAAGUUUGUUAGCCGUCAUAUAUUAUAAAACUUCUAAAAGUGUUUACUAUUAG